UCAGUAUAUAAAGCAGGACAACGACGGGAGGAAGACGGCUGGGGAGUCGCAGCCCGGGGAUUGUAAAUAAGACCAAAAACUGUGUUUUAUUUACAAAACUAUACCGGCUCUUUUAAAAGUACCGCUCACAGUCGUUUUAAAGUCUUUUUUUGCUGUAUUUUUUUGGCUCUAUCUCUCGCCCAUUUCCGUGUGGUUUGUACACUACGCGUAUAAUGGCGAGCUCGGCUAACUCGAACCAAGUGCCUAAAUUAUAUAAGACUGUAAUCGAGGAUGUGAUCAAUGAGGUGAGGGAGCUGUUCCUGGAUGAGGGAGUGGAUGAGCAGGUUCUCCUGGAGCUGAAGACGCUAUGGGAGAACAAGCUUAUGCAGUCCAAGGCAGUGGAGGGCUUCCACACGGACGAGCAGGCAGCCCUGCAGGCCGCUCAGCAGCAGCAGCAGACCCAGCAUGUCUCACAGGUCCAGCAGGUGACACAGCCUGCACAGACCCAACAGGUCAUUCUCCCGCCUCAGCAGCAGCAAGCACCCCAGCAGCAAGUCAUUGUUCAGGAUCCAAAGAUCCUACAGCACAUGAGUGCGACGGGGAUGAGUGCAGCAGCUACUGCAGCUACCCUAGCAUUACCCACAGGGGUCACCCCAUACCAACAGCUCAUCACCAGCCAAGGUCAGAUCCUGCAGGUGGUGCGCGCUCCCAACGGGACUCAGUAUAUCAUUCAGCAAUCUCCCCAGCAGCCUAUUGUUCUGCAGCAGCAGAUGCAGCCUGGCGGUGUACAGGCACCCGUCAUACAGCAGGUCCUGGCUCCUCUACAGGGAGGUCUGUCCCAACAGACAGGCGUCAUCAUCCAGCCACAGCAGAUCGUCUUAGCUUCAGGAAACAAAGUCCAGGGGAACACGCAGGUGGUGCAGGCAGCAGCUAUGGUGCAGCAGCCGGGUCAGGCAGCAAUGGCAGCAGCAGGAGGAGCAGCAGCAGCUCAGGUCCAGCAGGUCCAGGGUGCAGCUGCUCCACAGGCCCCCCCACAGCCUCAGGCCCAGCAGCAGACCCAGGCUCAGCAGCCUCCCAUGAUGCUCCAGGUGGACGGAGCGGGAGACUCUUCCUCGGAGGACGACGAGGAUGAGGAGGAGGAGUACGACGAAGACGAAGAGGAGGAGAAAGACAAGGAUGGUGGAGAAGAUGGGCAGGUUGAAGAGGAGCCACUGAACAGUGAAGACGAUGUCAGCGAGGAUGAAGACCAGGAGCUGUUUGAUACAGAAAAUGUUGUGGUGUGCCAGUAUGACAAGAUCCACAGAAGUAAGACCAAAUGGAAAUUCCACCUGAAGGACGGGAUCAUGAAUCUUAACGGCAGAGAUUUUGUCUUUUCCAAAGCCACUGGAGACGCCGAGUGGUGAGGAGGGAAAUGUGUGUGUGUGGGGGGGAGAAGCAGCAGGAGCAGGGACUCUGAACUCCUCCUGUCCAGCUAACAGACAGUCCAACAUCCUUCCAUACUCUGUGACUGGAGAGGCCUCCAGAACUCCUACUGACCCAAAGGAUUGGGAGGUAGUAAAACCUGGGUGUCGGCCUGGCGGGGGGAAAUAAAAACACUCAAACUAGGCCUUGUGGGAAGAGAAACCUACAGAGGAAGAGGGAGGAUGGGAAUGAAGCGUCGGCUCUCAUUGGUUUUCCAUCUUCUCUGCUUUUACUUCUCGACAAAAUUCACUAAAAUAAGCAUUUCACAUCAAACAGGUGUAGUGGACCAGGGUGAGGCGACCCGUCUAGCCACAGAAGGACCGAGGCUCUUGGAUGACAGAUAACCUUUCUAAUGCACUGUAGUUUUGACCUGCGUCUCCAUUGAAGGUCCAGACUUGGAAUGUUCUGCCUUUUAGGAUCCCGACCGCCUCCUGGCUUCUGUGUUUCUGUUCGUGGCUCAUAGUUCGUCCUCAUGUUCUGUCAGAAAUGGUGCUCUAGAUUGUUUUAUGUAGUUGAUCUGUUUUAGAUUUAAAAAAAAUAUUAAUGAAGGGUUAAGAAAAAGAAGGUACAUUUAAAUUUACCUGUUUAAAAAAAAAGAAAAAGCUUAUUUUUAAUAUAUAAAUCUCCAUAAAUCGGACUUAGUUAUUUUUCCUUCCUCGCUUCUCUGGAGCUUCAUUCCAUUUUCCAACCCAAAUAGAAAUCAUUUUUACAUUUGUGUAAACGGGAUGUCUGCCUUUCUUUUUCCUCUUAUUUUAAUUCCCUGCAGCCGUCUAAGGAUUUGCACUGUCAGUUUAUCGACAUGUUGUGAGGUCAGUCAGUUCCAAUAAUCAAUAACGGCGUCUUCUGUUCUGUGUGUGUGAGACUGAUGCUGGGAGCCGUGUGAAUGUUUGCAUCACUUUUCCCCUUAGUUAUGUCCCCCAUGUCAUUAUACCCCAGUGAAAGCAGCCAGGAUGUCGUCUCUUUAUCUAUUUAUUGCUAAAAGUUUGUGAAAUGUUCUGUUUUUGUUCGGCACCAAACUGUGCUCUUAUUCUCUCAUAAGUGUUCCUUUAAUUUUUAUUUUUAUUUUGCUUUUCUCAGUCGGUCGAUUGAAUGCUAAAUAGCGCUGAAAAUCAUUUCAUCCACUCUGUUCUCCUGUGCUUUCAUUAUACUAUUUUAAAUUGAAACAUUUUCUAUCACUGUAAGUUUAACUUUGGGAUGGGGGGGUUGUGUGUACUUGGGUUUGUUUUUAGUGCCCCGCCGCAGCAGUUUGAAAUAAAAUGUUUCUUGACUCGU